AUGAAGGACACCAGCCUAUCCAAGGUUAUUGUUGUGGGAGCCGGCCCGGCAGGGCUUCUGCUCGCCCUGAUGCUCGCAAAGCACGGUAUCAGUGUUGAUGUAGUAGAAGCAAAGGACGCCGUGGAUUCCAGACCGCGUGGUGCAGCAUACGGUCCAGCGGCUGUCAGCGUACUCCGCCGUGCUGGUGUCCUGGACCGAAUCCGCCAACAGGGCCUGUGCGUCGACUCAUUCACCUGGAGGAGGGUGGACGGCACCGUCAUCAACCGCCUAACUGGCAUGAGCAGAAACCCUGACAAAGGCGGUUUUAUCUGUCUACCGGUUUACGACCUGGCAUGUCUCCUUUACGACGAACUCAGUCAGUUCCCAAACGCCCAGGUUCAUUGGAACCACCGUGUGACGGCUGUUCUUCAGGACGAAAAAAGAGCCUGGGUCGAGUGUGAGAAUGGUACAAGCUUUGCCGGUGAUUUCGUCGUCGGCUGUGACGGUGGCACAUCGACUGUGCGGAAGUCUUUGUUUGGCAGCAAUUUUCCAGGCCACACUUGGGAUGCCAUUAUGGUUGCCACGAAUAUCCGCGGCUACGAUUUCUCAAAGUAUGGCUGGGAAGAUACGUCCUGGAUUGUCGACCCUGAGCAUUGGGCCGUGGUGGCUCUGAUCGACCAGCAAGGCACAUGGCGUGUCUCAUACGGAGAGAAAGGUUCGCUCUCCCAUGACGAGCUUUACGAACGGAUGUCGGCCAAGCUGCAACGAAUACUUCCGGGGAAUCCCACCCCCGAUCAGUACACGAUUGAAAGAUUUAGCCCCUACAAACUGCACCAAAGAUGUACCGAGAACAUGCGGGUUGGUCGGAUCCUGCUCGCAGGUGACGCUGCGCAUCUGAACAAUCCCAUGGGUGGUCUCGGUCUCACCUCCGGCAUCUCCGACGUGGGUGGAUUGGCUGAUUGUCUCGAGGGAAUACAUGACGGCAAAGCGGGCUACGAGAUACUCGACCAGUAUGAUCAGAUUCGACGAGAGAUAUACAGAACUGUCACCGAUCCCGUAUCAACGGCCAAUCUUGCUCGCGUACGAAGUGACCCGGCGGCGUUGGCCGGUGGUCAGGACCCUUUCUUCGCCAUGCUCGAUAAGUCCCGCGAAGAUGCUAGCGUUCUUGACGAGAUUGAAAAGAAAGACAUGGGACUUCUCGUGGACUUUACUCAGUUCUACCACACAAGCAAGGUGAAUGGCCACACCAACGGUCUGGCCUCGAGCCAUGCUUCUCUCACCCACUGGGACCGGUUGGUUCGCUACGUGUCGGCCAAGACUGGCCAGACACGAUAUGGCGAGCCGCUGGCGGACUUGAAUGCAGACAUUGAUCAAUUGGUGGCGGAAGGGACUCUGAAAGUUCGGCCCUUGGAAGGAUCCAACUGGCUGGCCGCAAGACCAUCGGCCGACGAGAAGGAGGAUCUUGUAAAGGAGCUGCUCGGUCCCCUGACUCCAGGAGACGUGCCCAUCAUCCGUUGCACGGGCCUCAACUACCGUACUCAUAUUAUUGAGUCGAAUUGGGACAUACCCACGAAUCCGACACUAUUCAUCAAGCCCGGACAGGCCGUCGGCGACACGCGUGCGCCCAUCCCGGUCCCCAAGCUCUCUCAGUCCAAGUGCGACUACGAAGGCGAGCUGACCAUUGUCAUUGGGAAGGACGCCAAGAAUGUCAGCGAAGAGCAGGCGCUCGACUACGUGGCCGGGUACGUGGUUGGGAACGACGUCUCGUGCCGCGACUGGCAGCUCGACAAGGACAAAGCCGGCAUGAUGCCCCAAUGGUGUUUCGGCAAGUCGUUCGACAAGUACGCCCCCGUGGGGCCGGCCAUCGUGAGCCCCCAGGUCCUGGGCGACGCGUCGGGACUGCGGCUCCGGACGUACGUCAACGGCGAGCUCAGGCAGGACGCCGACACUUCGGAUCUCUGUUUCGGUGUCAGAAAGCUCGUCAGCUUCUACAGCACGGGCCAGACGCUGGAGGCGGGCAGCUUGAUCAUGACAGGGACGCCCGGUGGCGUGGCCGCGGCCAUGAAGGUUCCGCAGUAUUUGCAGGACGGGGAUGAGGUGGUGGUGGAGAUUGAGGGGAUUGGGAAGUUGAGAAACGUGAUCAAGUUUGACGAAUGA